AUGAGUACGACAACAUCAAUGAUUUAUUUAAAUAACAACAGCAAUCAUUGCUGUAAUAUAGGUGAUCAUCAUCAACCAUCAUCAACAAUAGCUUUAUCCAAACAGCUACAACGGCCAUCUACAAUACUUUGUCAACGUCGUAAUUCAUUACCUCGAAUGAGUUCAAUCGCUAGAAAUAAUUUAUACCUUGGUCAUUCUGCACAAGCAUCUGCAUUAUCAUUACAAUACAUAUCACAAUAUUUAGCUACACCGGAUACAUUGAUUUUACCCGAAAAAUUAUUGGCUAAAGUAGCUGCUCAAAAUAAUUUUUGUUGCUCAAAUACUGUAGAUGCUGCAACAGCUCAAUUGGAAGAAAUAAUACGACUUUGUCGAACAUUACAAAAGAAUCCAAAUCUAGCACAAUCAUCAUCAUAUAUAAAUAAUACGGGUUCUGUGAUGAAUGAUUUUGAACAACAGCAUACUUCAAUAAUAUUGACCAAAGCCGGUAUUGAUGAAACUGGUCUUAUUAGUGAUAACAACUUGACGGUCGAAAGUAUUAAUCCUCAACCUCAUGAACGGCAAGCAAAUACGAAAAAAUCACCAUCAUUAUUGAUCAAUGACCUUAGGCUUAAUCAUCAUAACGAUAAUAAUCAUGUUUAUGAUGAUCAUAAUGUUAAAUGCCAAGUGUUAAUUGAUGAUCAUAACAUUAUGGAAAUUCAACAAUAUGAUGAUGAUGAUAGGCAAAGCAAAAAGCAUCAAAUCAAUUUGGAAAACAAAACGGUUGAAUUUAAACUGAAUUCAACAAAAUCAUCGACACCUCCUACAUUGCCUCCUAUUUCACAGUAUUCGAAUAUCAAUGCACCCAUAACCACAGCCAAUAUUGUGGCCAUCAAUAAUAAUAACAGUGAAAGCAAUAAUGACGUCCUAACAUCGAAUGGCAACGGCAUUAUUAACAAUAGUAAUCGUUUAGUUGUUACCAAGUUGGUUGCCAAAUUCGAAGAAAAAUCCUCCACACAUUCUGCAUCAUCGACGACGUUGUUACGGACGUCUUCAUUGAAACAGUACAAUAAUGAUGGUAAUGAUCACGAAGAUAAUUACAAUGAAAAUAAUACUAUCAUACAUAAUAAUGAUCAACUCAGUAAUUUAAAUCGUGACAACAACAUCAACGAAAAUGACAAACGUGUCGCUAUUCAAUUACCGUUACUUCCAUUAGAUUCAUCAACAUCACCAUUAUCGACAACAAAGCCUAAAUCGAAACUAAAACCUAAACCGCCACCGAAGCCUGUAUCUCUAAUUUUGUUAUCAUCUACUUUAUCUCCUAACACAGCAACUACGGCAACGAUAUUAUCUACGCCAGCUUCAUUGAAUGAAGAUAAAUCCUUUGGUCUGUCAAACAGCAUUAGUUGUAGUGACAACGAUGAAAAAAUCAACUUCAACAAAUUGUCACCUAAAUUAUCAACAGUUUUAAACGAUAAUCAGAAAAAAGACGACACCAACAUCAACGACGUCAUUUCUUUUUCGAAUGAUUACACUUGUUGUGAUCGUGAGAAUUUUGAUGAAAACCAUGCGACACAAAAAUCCACUUCAUUAUUUUUGAUUAAAGAUUUUGAAUCCCACGGUUUACGUGGUGAUAAUCAAAUUUUGACCAAUGAUACGAUUAAUACCACAAAUGCUAUAUCCUCUUCUAUCGAUAAUAAUAUCAAUGAUUAUUAUAAUAAAGAUGAUGAUGAAAUCAACGACCAAUCUACGCAAAUUACCGAUUCACCAUCUAUUGUAAAUGCCACGAAACCUACAUCGAUUGUUCAAACGCAACAUCAACAAUCAUCAAAUCGAUUUUCGACAACACAAAUAACUAAUUUAGACCAAAUAAGCAUGGAGGAUCAAUCAACCGAAUCAAAUAACAAUAAAUCAAUUGAAAAGAUGAAUAACAACAAAAAUUAUAAUGAUGAUAAUGAUAACAAAAAAUGUCAAAGUUAUUGUUGCUGUCAUUGUUGUUGUCCGAAUACAUCAAGUUCCUAUUGUAAUGAUACAAUGCACAAUUGUAACAAUAAAUUAUUGGGCAUUGAUCUAUCGAAAAUUGCUAAUUUGAUACCACUGUCAUCGACCAACAAACGACAAGUCAAGAAUGAAUUAUCUGAUUCGAAUGCCAUUGCCAAGGAUGAACAUGUACAUAAUGAAUCAAAAUCAUCGCUAUCGGCUAAAAUAAUCACUAAACAUAAUAAAAUUAAGUGUCCUGAUAACGGUGUUGCAGUCGAUUCAAAUCCGAAUAGUGUUCUGGUUGUAGUCGAAGAAGAAGUUGUUGUUGCCGAUGAAACAAGUCCAACUGGUUCCAGUGAUAAUAGCUCAUCAGACGAAGGUAUUGAAAAUCCUGCCGUGUUAGAUGAUGAUGAAGACAUUGAUGAUGACGAUGAUGAUCACCAUCUACGUAUAAAUGAAUCGAAAAAAUUGACCGUUGUUGAUGAUAGUAAUAAUAAUUGCCAUUAUCAUCAUCAUCAUAAUCGAAAUUAUUCAUCACAUUCACACCAUCAACAUCAUUUUAAUCAUCAUAAUCAACUUGUUAGUCAUCAUCAACAACAACAACAGCAUCAAGAUUCACGAAAAUCACCAAGCCUAUCGUUCAAAUCAAGUCGAACCAUUUCACCUUUGUUUCCCAAUUCAACCAACCCUGAUGAUGUUCAUCAAGUGGAACGUUUUCUCAACGGUAACCAUUCACAACAUCUGAAUUCAUUGGAACAGGAAGAAUUAUUAUUGCUGAAAGAAAUAUUCGAAUUAGAAUCUGAACAAUCUGAGCUAGAACAACAACCAACUAAAACUACCGACUCACAAAACAAACAAACAGAUGAUGAAGAUGUGGAUGAAGAGCUAUUAGAAUUUCAACGUAUCGAACGAGAAAUUAAAUUGUCCGAACUACGUAAAUGUCUUCAGCUUGUUCAAAAACAAAUACAAAAUUUUAAAGACAAAUUAGAACAGUCGAUUACUGUCGAAAAAAUAACGGACAACUUUGAUACAGCAACAAUGGCCACAACAACUACGGCAUCGAAUUCGUCUUAUUUAAAUGAACAAUGCCAAUUGAAUCAAGCUCAGCAAGAAGUGCAAAACAAUAUCAACUCGUUGUUGAAAUCUAAGUCACCUUCAUUGGCACCAUUAGCUGAAUCGGAAAAUGAUGAAAGUGAUUCGAAAGCCGAUUCGAUUGAACAAAAUCAUGAAAUAGAUCUUAGCGAUGAUUCGGAUGAUGGUUCUGUUAAUAACGAGGCAGCUAUUGAGUUGAACAUAGCGACUACAAACAAUGAAAAUGUCAGCAAAAAUGAUUUGGUUAGAAGUUUGGAUGAUUUACUACAUGAAUCGAUUGAAACACGUCUGGAAAAAGUCAAUGAUCUCAGUGAAAAAGAACAAGAGUCUUUCGUUGUGAAUGAAAUAAAAUCACCCAAAGAACAGAAUACCUCAUUGAUAAGACGUACAAGUCAAUAUGACAAUGAACUUCUUCAUGAUUGUCGAAUGAAACAUUUUGGUUAUCAACGAAAUUUCGACAUGUUAAUGUUGAAAUCAGUAUAUCAAAAACUAGAUUUUGACAAACAAAAUAAUUUAAACACUAUAGGUGAUAAACAAAACAUUAUGAAUGCAUCGAGUAUCAGUAAUGAAAUGCUUGAAUCAACAACAACAGCUACAGAUUCUGAAAGCGAUUCUAUUGUUUUAAGGCAACGUUCUGCACGAUUUCCCGCUGGUCAUAAUAUUGAAUCAACAUCGAAUCUCCAAUCACAAGAAGAAUUAUCAACGCAUAGUGAUCAGCCUCCUGUACUACGGAAAAGAAAUUCGGCCAUUUCAGCCAAUAGUAGCACAACAGUUGGUGGCAGCCAACGACCAUUAACAUUAUACAUGCCAGCGCCCAAUCAAAAAAUCAAUCUAAUCACUCAUUUGCAUGCAUUAGGCCACGAUUUGACAUCAUCCAUUGUAACUAAUCAUUUACUGUUGACUCCAUACACUUGUUCCGGUUAUUUAUAUAAGCAUUGUACAAGCGGUGUUGGCAAAUGGCGAAAACGAUACUUUCAUUUUGAUCGUAUGCGUAAAGUAUUUGUUUAUUAUCAUGAUCGAUCAGAUUUUGAAAAGAUGAGACAUCCUAAACGUGGCGUAUUUUUCGAUGAAAUCCAAGACGUUUAUGUUGACCAUACUCGUAUAAAUAUGAAAAAAUUUCUAUCAAAUUCUGGAACAGAUCAAAAUUCAUCUUCUAAUCACAAUGGCAAACAUGGAUCACCAGGAGCUCUAACUAAUCCGACUAAACCGGAUGGCACCCGUCGUGUAUUUGUCGUUUCUACUGCUACAUUUAAUCGAAAAUUCAUCCUUUCUACAUAUACUCCGGAAUUGAUGCGUAUAUGGAUGGAUGUAAUCUUUACUGGAGCUCAAGCUUAUCUCCAGGAUUUUGAUGAUCAAAUGAAUUAAUUGGCUUCCUGAUUUAGCAUUUUUUUCAUGAAAACAUUCAUCUAGUCAAAAUAUACAUGAAUUGUGACAACAAAAAAAAAUGUCUUAAGUUUAGGAAGAUUUUCAUUCAAUAAUCUAUUCAUUCAUUCAUUCACUCAUUCAUCAUGAUCAUUAUUGAACAUAAA